UUUUAAAUGGUGGAAAAUCUGUUUUUCGGCUAUCGUGACAGUUAAAUAGUACGCCUUUGACCCCACCUGCUCGUGGUAGCCUACUCGAACCCAGUGCAUAGACGAUAACUUGUUUUUAGCGUUUAGUUGGAAAAAGAAGCGUCAUCUCACCUCGUGCGUCCCGAAGCUAAGUGGCGCCCGCGCCCGAACUUAAACGUUUUUGACUCGCUGAGCACCAAGCAACAUGCCGCAUACUCAGACGAACGAGGAUUUAGAUGAGCAGUACAUACUGCUCGAAACAAUAGGCUCUGGGGGCUUUGCCAAGGUUAAGCUGGGCCUCCACAUUCUUACCGGUGAGAAAGUGGCUGUAAAGAUUAUGGACAAGCGCACCCUCGGCGACGACUUACAUAGGGUGAAACUGGAGAUAUCCGCCCUGAAAGAUCUUAGCCACCAGAACAUCUGCAAGCUGUACCAAGUUAUUGAGACGGCCACCAAGAUUUACCUCGUGCUUGAGUACUGUCCCGGUGGCGAACUCUUCGACUACAUUGUCGAAAAGGACCGGCUUUGCGAGGAAGAAGCAAGACACUUCUUCCGACAGAUCGUCUCUGCUGUAGCUUAUAUGCAUUCGCAAGGAUACGCUCACAGAGACUUGAAGCCGGAGAACCUACUCCUGGAUGAAAACCGGAAUGUGAAGCUCAUAGAUUUCGGACUCUGUGCUAAGCCAAAGGGAGGCAUGAACAAUGCCCUGGCGACCUGCUGUGGCAGCCCCGCGUAUGCGGCACCCGAGUUGGUCAUGGGCGAACAGUACAUUGGAUCAAUGGUUGAUAUCUGGAGCAUGGGGGUGCUGUUGUAUGCCCUACUGUGCGGAUGUCUUCCAUUUGAUGACGAGAACGUAGCAGUUCUAUACAGAAAAAUCCAGCAAGGACAAUACGAGUGUCCGCGGUGGCUGUCCGAUAGUAGCGUCAAGCUACUGUCUGACAUGAUGACUGUGAUUCCCGAGAAACGAAUUGGAAUCUCAGAACUGCUCAGCCACCCAUGGCUCGUCCAAGGAUAUGGGAGCCCAAUCAGUGCCAAGAGCACAUACUUGCUGUCUGUUCUUGAUGAUGAAGUCGUUACUGAGCUGGCCGUUAGUUGCGGUCGUUCCAAAAGCUCUGUGGUCGUGGAACUCUCGCAGUGGCGGUACGACUACAUGACUGCUACUUACCUUCUCCUCGUCUUAAAGAAGAGUCACGGCAAGGUACUGAGGCUUGAUUUUCCGGACUACCAUCCCAAGGAAAAGAUGUCAUGCUCACGCAAGUUAACCCUGGACCAACCUGUAAAGAGCUCAUCACUCACGUCACCUAUGCGCAACUCCUUGGAGAAUGGGUUGGACAAUGCCCAGCUGUUGUCUCUGGGCAGUCCCCCGUUGCGAAGUAUUGACAACGAUCCUUGCACUCGUGAUCAAGAAGCAUCAGCUGCCGAAGAACAGUCCACCGUUCCAAUGGAUGUGGAUGAAAGUGACAAAGAGAACUUUGCCCAGCCUCGUGUUCCAACUCCCAAGAGAAGAACCAACAAGGCUGUGCAGGAGGCAGCAGCUAUGGCCCCCCCGCAGAGCAGCGCCAACGCCCCCGGACUGAGCACGCCGGCCAGCAAAAUGCGACCCCCUUCGGCUGACGCGGAGUUCCGACAGAGCCCGCUGCGAACUCCCGAGGGCGCCCGACUGGCGGCAUCGGUGGUGCGUACACCCGACCUAACCAAGAUAGCCGAAGCCGCGUCCUUCUCCCACCGGGGCAACUCGGCCAAGCGUGUAUUUGGCUCCAUCGAGAAGGGCCUGGACAGGAUGCGUCUGAUGCUCACCCCUCGCCGUAGGCUGGGCUCCGCCGCCGCAUCCCAUGACGCACCCAGGAAGGUCAAGGUGAUGCAAAACGUUUCCACCCUGCCGGCCGUGCUCACCCCCGACCAGGUGCUGGACUCCCUGCGCACAGCUCUUCUUCGCAAAGGGAUCAUCUGCAAGCAAAAAAGGUACACUCUCCGUGGAAAAGUUCGAGAUGACUGGGGCAAGGUACAGCUGACCUUCGAGCUGGAGGUGGUUCAAGUGCAACAGCCAGAGUUGCUGGGCAUUCGGCGCAAGCGGCUAACAGGCGACGCCUGGCAUUACAAGCGAGUCUGCGAGGAAGUGCUGAAGAUUAGGGCUGCUUGAGCUGAAACUAGACCUACGUUGUUGCCUGCCACCGCCUACGACAUGUCCCCCCCCCCCCCUGUGACAUUCAUCUGCUUGGACUUUUUUUCUUAGUUUGCUCGCGUUGCACUUACAGCGUUCUCUGUUUGAACUUUCCUGUGGGUGCAGAGUUUGUGCUCACUUUGCUUG